AUGAUGAAAUGGCGCUUAGGAGCUGUUACCUAUAAUCUCUGUGGGAAACCGUCCAAGUUGGACAAGGUCAAGCAACUGGUGGAGAAGGUGCUGGAUAAGUCUGAUACUCAAUUGGACGGCAUUGUCGUUUCCUUACAGGUAUUUAAAGAGCUUUGUUUUAGUUUGCUUUAGGAAGUGAAUGUGGCCGAGCGAACCAAUGUUAUACCAGAUGCGUGGAAGGAACAUCUACACGCUAUUCUGUGGGAGAAGGGAUACAUCAGCGUAUGUUCGUCGUACAUGAUGACCAACUUUCUCAUAUUCUUUGUCUUGAGAGCUUAUGCUACUUUGGUAAGGGUGUUGAAAUUUUAUCUAUGAUUUUGUCACGUGUCAAAAGGAAAUGAUGUUAUUGCAAAACAAACUACCACAAUAUAAAUAAUAUUUUAACCAUUAAUGUUAAAAACGCGUUUCAGCGUAAAAUUAUUAUAAUUUGGUGUUGAAAUUUUGAUUUUUGGUAUUACAAAAAUGUCACAAUUUAAAUUUUAGGUACAAAAAUGUGAGUUUGACUAUAUAAAAGACCGUUACUACGGAGUAAAAGGAUCAAUAUGUAUGUCAAUUGAUCUCAAAGCAAAUGUUCGGCUCAUUUUUGUGGGUUCUCACUUAAUUCAUGGUCCAGAAGCAUACGAUAGGAGAGUACUGCAAGCGAAAAGUGUGAAGGAUUUUGUGAAUCGAAAGAUAGAGAACAAGGUCAUACCUAUAGUAAUGUGGCUUGGUGACUUCAACUUUAGAGUAACUGGAGUUGGAGCUUCUGAGUUUGUACAGACAUUGAGGAGUGAUGAUCUUGAAGUAGCAGAGGUUCUUAAGAAGCACGAUCAACUUUCAGAAGCCAGGUUCUUCUACGAUAUCUUCGAUACUUGGACGGAAGCCAAUAUAACAUUUCUACCGACAUAUAGGAUGCAUGUAAGUUUGGUUUUGAAAAGAUUUUUUGUGUAUAAUUUAAUGAAAUGCCAUUCUUGAAAUUGUAGUUUUAUUUUUCAGAUAGGAUCUAAUCAGUACGAUAUCAACAGAGUACCUUCAUGGACUGAUCGUAUUUUAUUUAACAAAGCUCAAUGCUUGGACUACAAUUCGAUACCAGAGAUUAAAGUCAGCGAUCACAUGCCCGUAUACGGUAUAUACGAAACUUCAAGCUUUGAUGUAGAUGACCAAUCUAAUUGGGAAAUCGAAUUCGAUAAAAUCGACUACUGGUACACUAACCUACCUUUGAGGAUAAACUUUAAUGGAGCUCGGUUUUGGAAGCUGAAUGGUUCUGUGUGGGACUGGGUGGGCGUGUACAAGGUACCAGAUGUGAGUGAUCGUCGAUUUGUGACACAAACGUCAGUCAUGAGUGCUGUCGACAUUGGUACCACGUAUCAAGUAGAGUUUGGUGCUCUUCCUGCUGGUAUUUACUUUGCUGCCUACCACAGUUACAACCAAGGAAGCAUUCAAGGAAUGAGUAAUGUGUUUACUGUAAAGGAUCUUUAA